AUAUUUCCAGUCUUACUCUUACCGCAUGCUUUGGCCACACGCCACUCUCUCCAGUCUCCACCACCACCACCACUGCUAAACAACACAUAACAGAAAUGGAAAAACACGCACUGAUUUCUUAAGCUUUUAAGCCAAGCCAUGAACAACAAAAACAUGUUUAAGUUAGUGAAGCUAAGAACAUAGCAACUACCCCAAUUAUUUCCUACAACUCGUCCCAUCUAUGAGUCAACGCCAACCAUUUUCAUUUUCCCAUUAAUCAUUCCAAUAAAAUUCCACAGCCGAACACAUAGCGCGCGCACAAAAAACAAAACUUUACUUCCAAAGUGGGUAGUUGUGUAGUACAAAAAAAAUUCUUACAAAUCGCCUUUUUAGAAAUUGGUUUGUAGUACCACACAGUUGCGUUGUACUACAUGCAGAGAGGGAUAUUGAUGAAGGUUCAUCUGUAUUCAUAUAUAAAUAGCGCACUUUGCUGCUUAUUUUCACCUAUGCUAUUGCCUUCUACAUACUGGUCUUUUUAUCAUCAAUACUAACGGCUAUUUCAACGUUGAAGGACUCGUUCUAUUGGUGCGUCUACGUUCUGUUCUGAGUUUCACUGAUUUGAAAGCUGCAAAACUCUGGAUUGUGGUUUUUUCUGUCUCAGACUUUGUUGUUUUAGGUGGCCAAUAUUAUUGUCCUUCUUCAUCUUUUUCUGAUCCUGAUCGUGGAGAAUUGAAAGCUUUGGUCUUUGUCUCAAAGAUUCCAUUUUUGUUUUUGGGUGUAGUUGAAGAGGAAAGAAGAAUUAAGCGGUGAGGAUUUGAUGAAUCCAAUGGAAAUCAAUAGUAUAAACAGUGAAGAUCUCAAAGAAAUUGAGAAUUGCAACAGAGAGGACCCUGAACAGCCGCAGAUUGAGGGUGAGGAGCUGAACAGGAUAGCUACAUGGGGAAAGCAAAUCACUGUCCGGGGACUAAUAGCUAGCUUACUGAUUGGAAUCAUUUACAGUGUGAUAGUGAUGAAGCUGGGCCUUACAACUGGACUAGUACCUAAUCUCAAUGUCUCGGCUGCACUGCUUGGCUUUGUGUUCAUUAGGACUUGGACUAAGCUCCUUUCCAAAGCCAAUAUUAUUUCAACACCUUUCACUCGGCAGGAGAAUACCGUAAUCCAGACUUGUGCAGUGGCUUGCUACAGCAUCGCCAUAGCAGGUGGUUUUGGUUCUUAUCUCUUGGGAUUGAAUAGGAGGACAUAUGAGCAAGCAGGGAUUGAUACAGAAGGGAAUACACCUAACAGCAUCAAGGAACCUGGAAUCGGCUGGAUGACAGCCUUUCUCUUCGUUACCAGUUUUGUAGGGCUAUUGGCGCUGGUCCCCAUAAGAAAGAUAAUGAUAAUAGACUACAAAUUGACUUAUCCCAGUGGAACAGCUACUGCAAUUCUUAUUAAUGGAUUCCAUACUCCUAAAGGAGACGCCAUGGCCAAGAAGCAGGUUCACGGUUUCAUGAAAUACUGCUCAUUCAGUUUCCUUUGGGGAUUCUUUCAAUGGUUUUAUACGGGUGGAGAUCAGUGUGGGUUUGUUCAGUUUCCAACUUUUGGAUUGAAAGCUUGGAAAAACUCAUUUUACUUUGAUUUCAGCAUGACUUAUGUUGUAAAUCUAUCCUUGCUUCUCGGUGCUGUGCUUUCGUGGGGCAUUAUGUGGCCAUUAAUCGGCAGACUAAAAGGCGAAUGGUUCCCUGCGAGCCUACCAGAAAGUAGCAUGAAGAGUCUUAAUGGUUAUAAGGUCUUUGUUUCAAUCGCCUUGAUCCUUGGUGAUGGGAUCUAUAAUUUUGUCAAAAUUCUCUGUUUCACAGCCAUUAAUAUCUAUGCAAGCAUGCAAAAGAAGAAGCGUAAUACAUAUUUGGAGAACCAGAGGCAGCUGUCUCAUGACGAAUUUAGACAGAAUGAAGUGUUUAUAAGAGAUAGCAUUCCAGUAUCGUUGGCGGUUGCAGGGUACAUAUUGCUCAGCAUCAUUUCCAUCAUUGUGAUACCUUUGAUGUUCCCCCAAAUGAAGUGGUAUUUUGUGGUGGUUGCCUAUAUUCUUGCACCUGCUCUUGGAUUUUGCAAUGCUUAUGGUGCAGGAUUAACUGACAUGAACAUGGCUUAUAACUAUGGCAAAGUGGCUCUCUUUGUGCUUGCAUCCUUGGCCGGAAAAACUGACGGUGUAGUUGCAGGGCUUGUGGGGUGUGGCUUGAUCAAAUCAAUUGUUUCCAUUUCUUCUGAUUUGAUGCAUGAUUUCAAGACCGGCCAUCUCACUUUCACAUCCCCUCGUUCAAUGCUUCUAAGCCAAGCAAUCGGCACUGGGAUAGGCUGUGUUGUGGCUCCACUCACAUUCUUCCUUUUCUACAAUGCCUUUGAUGUUGGGAAACCAGAUGGUGAUUACAAGGCCCCAUAUGCCCUCAUUUAUAGAAACAUGGCCAUUCUUGGCGUCGAAGGCUUUUCCGCCCUCCCCCAUCAUUGCCUGCAACUUUGUUAUGGUUUUUUCGCGUUUGCGAUAGCAGCCAACUUGGUGAGGGAUCUUUCCCCCAAGAAAGUUGGAAGAUGGAUUCCACUUCCAAUGGCAAUGGCUGUCCCUUUCUUAGUUGGUGGAUACUUUGCAAUUGACAUGUGUGUGGGUAGCUUGAUUGUGUAUUCUUGGCACACACUGAAGAGUGAGGAGGCAAAUUUGAUGGUUCCUGCAGUUGCUUCUGGUUUGAUUUGUGGUGAUGGAUUAUGGAUUCUACCUUCAUCCCUUCUCGCUUUGUUCGGGGUUCGGCCACCAAUCUGCAUGAGCUUCUUUACAUCCAAGUAG